AUGGGGGUCGGUGGGUGCUUGGCCCUGCCCUGGAGGUGCCUGGUCGUCCUCUGUCUCAGGCUGCUCUUCCUUGUGCCCGCAGGAGUGCCCGUGCGCAGCGGAGAUGCCACCUUCCCCAAAGCCAUGGACAACGUGACAGUGCGGCAAGGGGAGAGCGCCACGCUCAGGUGCUCCGUGGACAACCGGGUGACCCGAGUGGCCUGGCUGAACCGCAGCAGCAUCCUCUAUGCCGGCAAUGACAAGUGGUGCUUGGACCCUCGGGUGGUGCUUCUGGCCAACACCAAAACCCAGUACAGCAUCCAGAUCCAGGAUGUAGAUGUGUACGAUGAGGGCCCCUACACCUGCUCCGUGCAGACAGACAAUCACCCCAAGACAUCGCGUGUCCAUCUCAUCGUGCAAGUGUCUCCAAAAAUCAUCGAUAUCUCUCCUGACAUCUCCAUCAACGAGGGUGGCAACGUCAGCCUCACCUGCAUAGCCACAGGCAGGCCAGACCCAACAAUAACCUGGAGACACAUCUCACCCAAAGCCGUGGGCUUCAUCAGUGAGGAUGAGUAUCUGGAGAUCACAGGAAUCACACGGGAGCAGUCGGGAGAAUAUGAGUGCAGCGCCUCCAACGAUGUCUCAGCGCCCGUCGUCCAGCGAGUCAAAGUCACCGUCAACUACCCGCCGUACAUCUCAGAUGCAAAGAGCACCGGGGUGCCAGUGGGGCAGAAGGGCAUCCUGCUGUGCGAAGCCUCCGCUGUCCCCUCCGCCAACUUCCAGUGGUACAAAGAUGACAAGCGACUGGCUGAAGGACAGAAAGGGCUGAAAGUGGAGAACAAAGCCUUCUUCUCUAGACUGACUUUCUUCAACGUCUCCGAGCAGGACUACGGCAACUACACCUGUGUAGCCUCCAACCAGCUAGGGAACACCAAUGCCAGCAUGAUCCUCUAUGAAGAGACAACUACCGCUCUGACACCCUGGAAAGGCCCAGGUGCAGUGCACGACGGCAACAAUGGCGCAUGGCAGCGAAGCAGCUCCGUGUGGCUGCUGCUCCUCCCACUUGCCCACCUCGCCUGCCAGUUUUGACACCAGAGCCGGCCCGCGGAGUAGCGGCGGCGACGACUACGGCCAGUGAGUGCAAGCAGAAAGGAGAGGAAGAAAAGAAGAAGAAGAAGAAGGAGAAGAAGAAGAAGAAGAAGAAGAAGAAGAAGAAGAAGAAGUGUUCACCGUUUCCGAAAAUAAUCAUAAGAAUUGAGAGAGUAUCCGGCCAGGCCACCUGGGGGAGGGGGAGAGAGGAAAAACAUACACACACACAAAAAAAAACCAAAACAACAACAACAACAAAAAAACCCAACCACAAUGGGAAUUUGGAAUGGCAAGAAAAGAGAAAAAAAUUAAUAAUCCAAGGCUUCCUGCUGAAGAUGCAAUGAGACUGAGUCGUUUUCUUUUCAACCUGUUUUUUUGGUUUUUUGGUUUUUUUUGUCCCUUGCCACUUUUUCCCCAUUUCACUGUUCUCUGCCAUGGGCCAGCACAGAGGAUGGAUGGGGCCAUCAGAGUGUGGCACUUGUCCCCCGCCCUGUCCUCUUCACUGCCCCCGCCUGCCUGCUCCCUCCUGUGGGACCCUCCAUCCAGACACACCGGUUUUCUCCUUUGCCAGGAUUUCCCCAUCUUCUCAUGGACUGUGCUGCCAUUUGUGUUUCAGAAUAUCUAUAUAUAUGUGUAUAUAUAUAUAUCCAUGUAUACAUAUAUAUAUGUAUAGAUAUAUAGAUCUUCAACAGUUACCACACCACCACGAAAGGAAAGGGAGGAAGGAGACCGGCGUCAAGCCACGCUUUCAUCGUACCAUCCGCGGACAUCGUGAAUGAUAAGGGAUUCUGAAUCAUGGUUAAUUUUAUUAAUUGUAUUUUCUGAUAUGAGCCUAGAACUCUUAGUUCCUAAAAAACAGAAAUGCAAAAAAAAAAAAAAAAAAGAGGGGGAAAAAAGAAAAGAAAAAAGAGGAAAAAAAAAAACAAUCCAGGAGAAGGGGAGCAAGCGGAGAGAAGUUUGUUUGCCGAGGAGGCGACCAGCCAAGGAUGUUUGUGAGCCCGGUGAGGAGGAGGAGGAGAAGGAGGAGGAGUCCUGUCCUGAAACCCCCCCAAAACCGGCCCAAUAACAGUCGUCUGGACAGUUCCUGCCGAGGGCACAGACGACACUCGCCGCGCGUUGAGGUGGAGGGAGACACUGAAUCUUUUUAUGGGAUAUAUAUAUACAGUAUAUAUAAAUAUACAUAUAUAUAUAUAUAUAAUUUUUUUUUGUUAGAGUUCUAGCCACGGUUCCCAGCAGGGU